AUGUGGCCGUCCCCGCCGCCCACCCCCCUCCCCUGGACGUGGACCUGCCACCGCUGCUCGACGAGGUACAACAUCGCCGUCACGCGCCGCUGCCUGUCGUGCAGCCACCGCUUCUGCCUGUGGCACGCGCCGCGCCACCCGCCCGUGUGCGCCGUCGAGUUCGACUACGACGGCUGGAGGGCCUGGAUGCGCUGGAGGAGGAGCCUGGCGCCGCAGGCCGGGGGGCCAGGCCGCCCGCGCGACUGCUCCCUCGAGUGCGAUUACCCGAGCCAGUGCCUGCAUGCGAGGUAUGCCUCGCUGAGGGACCAUCUGGUCAGCACGGGGCAGUUUGAGCGCGGGGGCUGGGAGGAUGCGCUCGAGGCUCGUGGUGUCGCCGAGGAAUCAUCAACGUUUGCCUGGUUAUUUCAGUCGCCGAGAAAACAUGCGCUUGCCGAGUGCACCGCGGAGUUGGCAGAGUGCAUCCUCGCUGUACGCUCGCUCAGGAAUGCCAGCGAUUCCAUCAGGUGCCUCUCUCACGCCGUCCAUUUUGUCUUGCCCGUCUUCCUCGUGUUUUGA